AUGGCGAAGUUGUGUUUGAUGCUUUUCAUUUGCCUUCUAGCAGCUCAUCAGAUUGCAGCUAGGGUUUUGCCUGGCGACGCUACCACUGCAGGCUAUGCAGACCAAAAGAACUUCCCCUCUUUCGGAGGCCUAGGCGGCUACUCCGGCAUCGGCGGGGGCGGCCUUCCCUUCGGAGGCGUUGGAGGCGGGAUAGGCUCGGGAUUAGGUGGCGGCAUUGGCGGUGGCAUUGGCACUCUGCCCGCCGGCGGCCUUGGAGUUGGAGGCAUUGGAGGCGGAAUCGGCAACCUUGGUGGGCUCGGCCUUGGAGCCGGUGGCGGGGUUGGGGCUGGAAUCGGUGGCGGUGGCGGUGAUGGUGCCGGCGCUUUGCCGUACCCUUGA